CUUCUUGCCAUAUAAAAAUAGGACAGAGGAGCCUGAGUGAGUGGUUCACUCUCCUCUGUGCUCCCUCAUUCCAGAAGGUUCCGUCUUUCAGAGCUUAGCCCGGGAAACUGCAGUGACACAGAUCGUUGGCUUGCCAGUCCAGGGUUGAAGCCCUCUCUGCUGAGCAUGGCCAUUGGGCUGGGCUCUCCGGUCUGGUUCCUGCUCCUGGCAACUUCCCAACCUGGGAUAGUGCAGGGGAAAGUGGUUACAGACUUCCAGGAAUGUGAUUCUUUCUUCAAGGAUGGGAUCCCACCGCAGGGAUUUGAAAACAUGGGCAAUCCGGUCAAGAUCUGUCAGAUGUACAAGAACCACUAUCACUUCGCCACCUUGUACCGGACAGACCUGAGGAUCCCUGUCUACUCUGCCUACACGUAUCAAGGGCCCAGCAGCAUGGAGGAAAUAAAGAGACCCUGUCCCUGGUUUUACGAGCCUCAGAUUGAUAAUCGGACUGCCAGUCCUGAAAUGAAAUCCAGCGAGAACAGGACCAGUGAAAAACAAGCGGUGGACACAGAUUACAAGAACUCAGUUUAUGAACGGGGGCAUCUGUACCCGUUUUCCUUCAAUAAACAAGAUAGUUCAACAGCCAGCUGCACCCUCACUAAUGCAAUCCCCAUGGUUGGUGGUGAUAAUAAGCGAUGGUAUGCUCGCGCGGAGAAACUCAUUAAAGGAUUGGCGGAGAACUGCCACAACUCUGGCAGCCGGAUGUACGUGGUAACGGGCUCUGGUAACUACACAGAGAAAAAAAUGAAGAAUAAGGUUGUGGUGCCCGGGCUGAUCUGGUCCGCUGCUUGCUGUACCUCCUCAGGGAGGCUGGAUGUGCUUAGUUCACCUGAGGAGAUGGAAGUAACCCCAGUGAAUACCAAGAUGAACUUCUCCAUUGCAUUCAUGAAAGAGUUGCUGACCGGUAAGAGUGUAAUCAAUAUGACAGUGUUGGAGCUGGAGCGUACACUGAACGUGAAAAUCUUUAACCAGUGCAAGGGAACAAGUCAAAUUGACGAAGAGGAGAACUAUCGAGAGGUGAACGCUUUGCUAAAUGAAAUACAGAGUGCUGAUCCGGAGCUUGAAAAAGAUUCAGAAGGGAAUAUACUGAGUUGGCUAAGAAAAUUGGUGGAAGAGUGAGCUCAGAGGGUAUCUUUGGCAUUUCUCAAAUAUUUUCUAUCGCAAGUCUAACAGCAAGUUAUAAUUACUUCUCCCUUCCUCUGCUCUCCUUUUCCAUUCCCCAUUUGGCUCCCCUCUUGACCCCUUCUCUUCACCUCCCUCGUGUGUCCCUUCUCCUUCCCUUUUUCCCAUGAUCCACUCUCCUCUCCUAACAUAUUCCUUGGUGUAGAAAUAGGCCAUUCAGCCCAUUGAAUCUUCUCUGCUAUUCCAUCAUAAGAACAUAAGAAAUAGGAGCAGGAGUAGGCCAUCCGGCCCAUCGAGCCUGCUCCACCAUUCAAUAAGAUCAUGGCUGAUCUGUCUGUAAACUCAGCUCUAUCUACCUGCCUUCUCCCCAUAACCCUUAAUUCCCCUAUGUAAAAAGCUACCUAACUGUAUCUUAAAUAUAUUUAGCGAAGAAGCCUCAACUGCUUCCCUGGACAGAGAAUUCCACAGAUUCACCACUCUCUGGAAAAACAGUUUCCCCUCAUCUCUGUCCCAAAUCUUCUGCCCUGAAACUUAAGACAAUGUCCCCUUGUUCUAGUCUCACCUACCAAUGGAAACAACUUUUCUACUUCUAUCUUAUCUAUCCCUUUCAAAAUUUUGUACGUUCCCCUUUUCGCUUUAGGAAGGAAGAUGAGAAAGGCCACAAGAAUCAGAAAUCAGGAGUUUCUGUCUUGCAAUUAACAAAACAAUCUUAUUAAUGAUUUUAAACUUUGUAAGCAUUGACACAAAUCUAUGCAUGAUGUCCAUCGGGAAGGGACUUCCUCCUGUAGAUCUUAUGAUUUUUUGCUUUACAGAUUUGAUUUGUUGCUUUGUAUACGAUCCAAGUAACACAAAUGGACUUAAUCAUCGGGUACUUCUUGUACACAUCUUUAAUGUAGUUUGCACGUGCUUUGAGUUACCCAGUUUGCAAUAAUUUACAGAUGUACUGGAGAUAAUUUUGUCAGUCAAUAUCCAAUGAAUUUUGUUAAUUAACGUCUGCCUCACCAGCAAUUCAGCAACAGCUGGACAUUCAGUGUAACACAACGAAAGUCGGUGAGAUCACAGAUCGUUAAUAGUGAAGUUUGUAAUCCGUUGUGUGGUUCUUCAUCAAAUAAAAAUCUACAAA